CGCUCCUUGCCUCUUGCCAAAAAGCCAAGGGAGGCGCGGCCGCCUUCGCGCUGGCUGUCUGGGCUGGCUCGCGCGCUCUGGGUUACCCCGAAAGGGGCCUGCGUGCCUGAAGUGAGUGGAGUGACUGUGUCUUGUUGAGAGCUCGCCAGCCAUUCGUGUUUGCGCCGUUCCGGUCGCAACGCUGCGGACUUUUGACAUUGACCAAGAAGUUUUUUUCCGUAUCGCCCUUAUUUUUUCUUUUUCAUCGAAAGACCGUAGCUAGCGCGUAAGAAGUAUGUGUGUGUCCUUUUGCGAUAGGGGGGCUGUUGUGCCCUGCGUUUUUACGGGUCGCGGGCCUUCGCCCACUGCAACAUGACGAAAACUAAUUUUGCGUCGAUCCAGUAAAGGCGGUGACGGUAAGCGGCAAGCGCGUGCAGGGGGACAGCAAGAAGACGGCCUGUCGUGGUUCUGUUGCUCGUUUUCGUUGCGAAUCCGCUGAGAUGGCCAGCGGCGGCGCACGCAGUCCCAGUCGAGACGGCCAGGCCUGGCGUUGUUGCUUUCCGUGUUCGGCCUGGUGGUUUUGCCGUUGGAUGUCUUGGAUUCACUUCGCCAACCUUGUCGCCCUGGCAUGUUGCCGAGAAGCAGAAUCCGGCACGACGGCAGCCGUUGUUGCAGACGGUGCGGCGGAGCCGCGUCGCCAGGAAGGGCCCGCGAAGAAGUCUCAAUCCUCUACCCCGGUUGCCCCCGGCGGACCUCUUCCUGCCUUUCCUGGGAGUCACAGCAACGGCGCUGCGUCUGUUGUUCAAGAACAUGCCGGGUACGAAUGGGCGCAUGACGGGCACGAAUUGGCUCAACUAGUAAAGAGCAAAUCGGAAGAGUUUGGAAUGGUAGAUCUUUUUGAGCUUCCGGGCAAGCCGUCAUUGCCCAUACAAUAUCUGGGCGCUCUUGCGGUAUUUAACCUGGGCUUUCUCGGUGGACAGAGUAACGACGGCAUUGCCCGCGUGCUCUUCUUCAAAUACCAUCAGAAGCUGCAGCCGAGCCAGAGCGCAAGCAGUCCGAGUGGAAGUGGAUACGGUUAUCGUCACAAUGAUAAUAAAGCUGUUGACCGAGCAGACACCAUCUGCAAGUUUUUUGUGAGCCUUCCUGACGAGCGCGAGUCUUCUGUCUUUACGAAGCAGACAGUACGGGUUGAGCGGGAGUAUGAGAUGGCGCGCACUGGUGGCAUUCGCGGUGGAGACGGGAACGAAGCCGGGGGCUUGGCGUUUGGUUGUCGCUACUUCCCAAACGGUGGCGGCGUGAACGCGGGUAAGACCGCGGAGGGCUCGCGGCCUUCAUCGCGCAUCACCGCAGCCGGAGCUGGGACACCAGCAAGGCCUGCGCAUGCAGAUGCAGGUGAGCCCGAGCAUUAUUUGUUUGCGAUCGAGCGCCUUAUUUGCCGGGGUUUGAACAAGCUUGCUGCAGAGAAAAGAAGUCCGGUGCCAAAACCGACGAAGGAGGGCGAACUUUAUGCAACGUGCUCCGCUAAGAUGGACGGCGACGCGAUGACAGAGGCGGGGUUGCUCGCAGUGGGCCCUCAAGACUCACACCUGGCGAAGCUUUGCACAAACCUGGCAACCACCUCUCCCCCGGCGGCUGCCGGCACGCCACCUGCUCCGGCUUCUUCUACUAAAUCUGUAAGCAGUUCCGAAGUCGCUGGGCCCGACGCGACCGGGCUGGUCAACGAGAUUUUACGUAAGCUGUUGGGCGACACAAAAGGAAGCGCAGAGGAGCUGCCACGGGAAGGCGGCUCGGGUGGAAGUUUGGUGGCAACCGCCGCGGGCGAGGGCGCGCUCAGGAAGCCAGCGCAACCGCCUGCCCCACUCGACGGCGACGGCCUCGAGAUUUCUCAUGACCAGGCUAGCGACUGGCGAAGAGCAACAGCGGCGUGCCAGAUACUUCUGGAUGAUUUUCAACGAAAGUGGCCAUUGGCAAAGUCGUUCGCCCGGGAGAUGGUUGAACAGGGCGCAAAAGAAGUUGCGCUGCUUCACAGCAUCGGGAUCGAGCACGGGGACGUGAAGCUGGAGAACAUGCUGGUCGCGAGAGAGGCCGCGGUUGCUCACAUUGACACUACCAGCGCAAAGACAGACGCCGGCGGUGGGGUACAACCAGAGUACAGGAUCAAGCUUGGGGACUUGGACGGCGCUUGCCGCACGCAGAGGGAGGGCGAGGUCCGUUCCGGCGAGGAAGGGCCGGCGGCUGGCGCCUCGAUGCUAACUACAAGCGACCCCCUUUUUGAGGGCGAGGGCGCAAGCGUCCCGGUGUGCCGGUCUGGCACUACCUGGACCUCAUGGACGCCCCGAUAUGCGUCACCGGACCACUUCUUAUUCACCAGCGAGGGCCCAGCCCCAGGCCGCAACGCGCUGCGCGGGGAUCUGCACUCUUUGGGCCUGGCGCUUGUCAAGCUCACCCAGGUAUUGUGUUUGACCGGGAAAAGCAUCUCCGAGGCACUUCAUGAGGCCGGGCCGAAUGAUUUUUUUCGAAGGAAUAUGAAAGAAACGGCGCGGAAGGAAAAGUUCGAUAUGGGUAUUGCGGUGUUCCUCUCGGUGCACCUUCCAAACUUCGAGCGGCCACCGGGCACUUCGUCUUCGCUAUUGGUCCAGGCUUUUGAACAAAGGAAGAACGCCAGCGCGUUGCGGGCCAAGGCAACUUCACCAUCACCGGACGCCGAGACGCUCGCCCAGGGGGAUGAAACCUCGGCAGCGUGGCUAGCAGACAGAAUCAACUGCGAGAGUGGUGGUGAAAAUCUAUUCGAGACGACACACGCGCGAAAAAUUGCAAAAAUGCUACUGGGAAUCCCCCUCGACCAACCCGAAACCAGUAAAGGUAGAUCUUCUACUAGCAGUAACGCCUAUCAAGCGUACCCAUGGACAGAGUUAGUGUCGAUGACAAGUCCAGCUGCGCCUACGGCGGCGAAAGAAGCUGUAAGACGCCAAGUGCGUGUAUGAGAACGACAAAGAAAGUCCCAAUUUGCACUGCACCAAGACGCAUGUAAGCUACGAGCACGGACAACCCAAGAGUUACACUUGCAUUGUAUACUAGCGGCUGCGGCCAGGCCAU